AGGAAAUAGUUUACACCUAUUCAGGCAUAGUUCUGAUAAUACAGUCUGUCUACCACCACUUGGGUUCUGUUUUGAUCAGGAAAGCACAGAGGAAGGUUGUUUUGUUGGUUGAGAAGUAUUAUUGAUGCUUUUAAGAAAUUGGCUUACUUUUUGUUUCCCAGUAUUUGUUGUACGUAUAUCAUUGAAAUCGAGAGACUCGCAAAAGAUAACCAAAUAUGGCUGCCGUGCAGACGACAACAACAGCAACCAGUUCUCUUAUUCUUUCAAUCAUUCUUAUUAUCACACUGACAUCACUAAACAUCGAUGCGAAGGAACUCGGCAAUGAUUGUGAAGUUAAAAUCCCUCCCAAUAUCAGUGAGAUUUUAUCUCGUUUAGUAAAAUUAGAAAAAGAGGUUUUCAAUUUUGAAGUCCAUUUAUCAAACAAGACACUUGAUGAACUUCUUAAUCCUGUGCCAUUGGAUUAUUUUGCAAAUGCGAGGAGUUUUACGUGGAUUCCAGAUAAAUCAGGCGCUUUAACUCUAUAUAGAACUUUCUCCUAUGAUUUUUCAAUGCACACUUUUAAUAUGUUGGACGUCUACGUUGCUAAACAAAGGAUUGACAUCAAUAUCACUUGUGGAAAACAAAAUAUUCAGAGACACGAUCUAAUAUAUUUGAUUUUCAAGGAAUUGAAAAGAAUUUUAUUUAUCGAUAAAUUGCAAAUGGGAAAAUCUGGAUACAUGUGUUUUUUUAUAAAUUUGUCUCAAGACAUGAAGAAGAACAGCCCUCACUCAUUUGAAACUUACAGAAGAAUUGGUAUAAAUCGAGAAAUUAUAAAGAACUAUUGCUGUAAACUCUAUAAAAAUGAAAGUAAUCUUUAUCGCCCCAAAUCCGUUUGUUCAGGAAAAAUCAUUCAAAAUGCUAACUUUUUUAAUUAUUUAGAUAUUUUCGGAGGGGUUUUGUGGCUAUUUUUCCCAUUAAUUAUUAGCUUUGUAUCAAAAGCUAAAUUACCUUCACAUUCCCGUCAACUCAAUCUGCCACUGUUUGCUCACGAUGAAUUCUUAUUUACAAUUAAAAACACAUUGCCACACGAAUCCGAGUGGAUCAAUGGAAAACAUAAUAUUUACACAUUCUCUCAUUUUCUGUCUUGGUUGUUUUGCUUUCACCAUUCCACUCUCUUAGCCUCGAGGCUGAGAAGAUUCCUUUGUAUUCUAUUUUCUCUUUCAGUAAUUUUCCUGGAUCUUUUGAUGCAUUACUUCUUUUUAUAUGAAACAAUAGCAAUACUUUUCCAAGAUGGUAUACCAUUGGGACAUCGCGCCUUGAUAUUAGGAAUCCCAGAAAGUUAUGAGAAUACUGAUGGCUUUUUUGGUGGUCCUUUUGUGUGGUUAAUCUGUUACGUAUCUUUCAACUUUAUCCUCUUCGUUCUUCCCAGUCGUUUAAGUGAGACUAUCGCUUAUAACACGUUACAUCAAAGAUCCAAUUUCACGUUUCUCAUUCAAAAUAUCACAUUAUUAGAGAAGUAUGGCAAUUUAGAUGUUUCUACACUACAGGAUUAUGAUCUACUCUAUGCAGUAAUGGAAGCUAAUGUUUCUACAGCUUUAAACCCAAAUUUCUGGUAUUUAAUAAUUUAUACUUGGAGUAAUCGUAUAAAGAAAAUUUGGUUAUAUUACUACAGGAGAAAUAUUUUCUGGCAAUUCUUUACACUUUGGCUCUUUGUUUCCAUUACAAUUUUAUUUGCUGUAUUUUCUGUCUGUGAAUUAUUUCUGUGCCUCGUUUAUUAUGGAAUCCCAAUUGUUUAUCUGAUUUUAACUUUACCAUUAAGUUAUUUCAGAGUUUAUAUUUACCCCCUGUAUUUGAAUCCUAACUAUAUUUUCAAGCUUAUUGCUUUCAUUUUAACAUUCAUAUCGUUUCUAUAUUUUCUAGUGUGGGCAAUUUAUUCAAUCUAUAUAUCUCUUACAAGUUUUCAAGUCGUUUUCGGCUAUAUAUUUUCAAUAGCUGUUGCACUACUUGCUAAGCCUGGUACCGUUGGUGAUAUAUGGUUUGUUUCCAUGUUUCUUCUCUAUGGUAUUGCAAUUAUAAAAUCUAUUCAGAAACGGUAUAACUUUAUUCUACUCGAAUCCAUAAAGCUCACCAAAAUUCUUCGUCCAAAUUUAGUUCAGUCAAAAUAUGGGGAAGAAUUCAUAAACACCACUUUGUUUAAGAGAAUUGUUAACCAGCGUUUUCCAUUGAGAAAUGAGAUUGGUAAAUCCAUUGUAAAACUGUUUCUAAUCGUAUCUUUUUUCUUUGCUUGCAACAAUAUAAUAAGUCUAGAAGAGUUGCACUUAUCAGCAUCCACAAAGAUUACUUUGAUAUUGAUGACGUCUAUGAUACCUAAAUUAUUGUCUAUGAUAAAUGCAGAUCGUAGGUUAACAAUAACCAUUUUAGAUAAAAUGAUCCAGACAAUAAACUUAUUUGAAGAAUGAAAUACAUCACGCAGAAGUUUAUCAAGUUAUUUGAUAUUCUUCGAUAAAAUCAAAAUUCCUUCAAAGUGUUUUAUGAAUUCUAUACUACGUUCUGUAACAUAAUAGUAGUAGUAGUAGUAGUAAUAAUAAUAAUUGUUCUGGGCAUUCUCACAGUUACAAACACACUCAGCCGCCUCCUAUACCUACCUACCUACCUACCUACCUACCUACCUACCUACCUACCUACCUACCUACCUACCUACCUACCUACCUACCUACCUACCUACCUAACUACCUACC